AUGAUCCAGGUUUACAAGGCUUUCAAGGCUUCAUCCGAGUCAAACCCCAUCACCGGAAACUCAAAUCAGCUCGCUCCCUCACAGCAAGUCUCGAACCCCAGCCCGUUUUCCAAAUCUCACCACAACUACUCCGUACAAUCAGUCAUCAACACCAUCUAUCCAAAUUACAUCCCAACGCUCCGCGCGCCCGUGCUCGCUCCCGACCGUGCACCCGCCACUUCCGUCCAUCGGGUCUCGUCUCUGCCGCCACGCCGCGAUCUCUCCCCUCUCGCCCAAAACCACAAGAUUCCCAUGUGCGAAAUCAGCGAGGAAAGCAGAACUAAAAAUAAGCUCCUCAAAGUUCGCGCGCCCGCCCGACCCAAGCUCGCGCACCCCUCCCCUCCUUCUCCUUCGAUCCGCCUCGUCAAACCGUCAUCUUGGGAAGAACCUGCAUCCCCCAAACUCUGUUUGCUCCCCCAAGAAAGCACUCUGAAAAUGAUGGUCGGGAAUCGCCGAGAUUGCACCUUUGUGAUGGCCAUGUGA